AUGAGUAAUUUAUUCAAUUUACCAUUUUCAUUUUCUAUUUAUUCACAAACAUUAAAAAAUUUAUUACAACAUAGAAUAAAUAUUCAAUUGAAUUCAAAUGAAGAUAAAUGGUCGGAAAAAGCGAUUAAAGGUUUAAUUAAACGUUUAACUAAAACUUCUAUGAUUGAUGAUUUACAAACAGCAUUAGAUAGUAAAAAUUCAGAAACACGUUGUGUUACAAUUUCAAGAGAUGCACAAAAUAAAUUAGUCGAACCAAAUCCAUCAUCAACAGUACGAAAAGCAUUUAAUGAUAUAACACCUGUUGUAGCUUUUUGUCGUAUAUGGCGUUGGCCAGAUUUAAACACACAUCUUGAAUUACGACCCAUUAAAACAUGUUCAUAUGCAUUUCAACAUGAAAAAGAUCAAAUAUGUGUUAAUCCUUAUCAUUAUGAACAAGUCGUUGCACCAUGUAAAGAAUACAUUUUAGCGAUAUGUUGUGUUAGUUUAAAUACUGAAACACAGUGUCCACUGAUUAUACUGGUAUCCGCAUUCGCUACAACAUUGAGCUAA